AUGAAGUUUGCACACAGUGAUAAAUAUGGUUACAUAACUUGUUGUCCAUCAAACUUAGGUACAUCAAUGCGUGCCAGUGUAUUAUUAAAGAUACCAAAACUUAGUUCUCAACCGAAAAAACUGGAUGAAAUUUGUGCAAAGUAUAUGCUUCAAGCUAGAGGUCUCUAUGGUGAACAUACAGAAUCCCCCGAUGGUACAUAUGAUAUUAGCAAUAAGCGCCGUCUUGGUUUAACUGAAUUACAAGCAGCUCAUGAAAUGGCAGAAGGUGUUGCUAAAAUGAUUGAAAUUGAAAAAGAACUAUAA